GUGUGUACCUGAAAAUAAUUUGAGCUAGUGCUGCGAAUAACCAGUUUGAAGUCCAUCCGUCCCAGCAGCCGCAGCCGGGUGGGUGUCCAAAGUGUUAAGUUUCUUUUUUGGAUAUUUAAGUAAAUCGCCGGCUUCCAAAUGGAUCUUACCCAGCGCGUCGAAUGCGCAGAUUUUCAGCUUUUUCAGGCAAAUCUCAAAGUAAUGCGUGAUAUUGAUGACAAAAUCAUCAAUACUCUGAAUUCUAAGCUGCCUACAAACUUUUCAAGGAAUGAUGUGAAUCCAUCAACAACAUGUAAAGAGUUAUUCACAGAGUUGUCAUCAACUUAUGCACACAGAGAAAAGGUCAUCAAGGGCUGUAUAACUCUAUCAGCCAAUCGCAUUAAAUUACUUGCUGGUGAAAAGGACGCAGACCCCGACAAUGCAUCUAUUUUGAAAGAUUUGCGGAAAGAGCAAACUAAGCUAAGGAUGCUGCAGUCGGAACUUGGAGUAGAAGAAGUUGUGAAGGAGAGAUCCUUGAAAGUAUUUCAAGAAAGGUGUAGAGCAUAUUAUAAGCCAUGAUUGAUCAUAAAUAUUGUUAGAACUGUUCAAUUUAGAAAUUUGUCAUAUUUUUCAACAUUUUAAGAAUAGAGAUUUCUCACCCUA